AAGGGUAUGCCUGGCGGCGGAUCGAUGGACUAUCCCAUUCUCUACCCAUGUCCCGUAAUAGUCGAACGUUAUUUUCUCCACUUUUCAACACAGGCUGAAAAUGGGAUUCUAGAAGCUUUCUAAAGCGCUACGCGCACUUAGUGUGCAAGAGAGAGAAUUUUUAAAAAAUGCGAGCCAAAAUGGCGUUUUUACUUACUUUACUGUUAGUCGGGUCGACAACUGGACUAUACAAUUACAAUGGAGACUUAUACUACCAAAGGGCUUACCCAGGUCUGGAAGACCGAGCCGGAGAGCCCUCCCUCAUGGGGAAUUGAUCUGCUCGGGGAUGUGGAGCUUUGGGGGGCGAAGGACGCCACUUGGAAAAAAGACGCGUGGAAGUGCGAGGAGUGGGACAUCAGCCACGGACUCCUCGGAUCGCCGGAAGGGAGCUUAUCGAGCGGCGAAGAGAUCCUCGACGACAUCGACGGAAUCAUAAAGAGCGAAGAUUGGCCAGAAGGUCUGUAUGAAGGGUAUGACAACAUGGAUGUCUGGGACUGCUACAAAAAUUUUACACCCAUGGCAGUGCCAAAUGUGCAACAGGAGCUACCAAUGGUCAUUCCAAGCCAGACUGACCUGCUGCGGGAAUUUGAAGAUGUUUUGACUCAGACAACUGAAUCUCUCACGCCUCCAGACAGCCCGCAGUCGCAGGAACAAAUAUUCAUCAAUAUUCUUGAGGAAAUGAACCCUGGUGAGGUAACAACAACCCAGCUUGUGGAUAACACUGAAAAGCCGAAUGUCGCCGCCUGCUCGCCGUUGUGUGUCGAACCUUGGUCAAGCCCGUCGCCGAGCCAAAGCGAUAGUGGUUACGAUGACCCAGAUUGGUCACCGGGCGACUGGUCUCCCGGGCAGACAGUACCUGAACCGAAAAGGUCCCACCGCAAGACUACAACGACCGAGGAGCGCAAGCUUCGUAAAAAGGAGCAGAACAAGAAUGCCGCCACUCGCUACCGUCAGAAAAAGAAGCAAGAGAUGGAAGGAAUAAUGGGCGAGGAGAAAGGCCUACAAGAUGAAAACGAUCGUCUUAAAACCGACGUCACAGAAAUCACCAGGGAAAUCCGAUACCUCAAGUCCCUCAUGAGAGAUCUCUUCAAGGCCAAGGGCCUCCUCAAAUAAAUUUCCAACGUCCUCGACUCCCAAAAACUCCACAUUUCCAUUUCUUUCACCUUCCGUUCAAUUGAUACAGUAUGACGCUUUCAUUAGCCGAUGUUUUUCUUAUUGUUCUGGUAGGUGAAAGGACUGCAGCAUGUCCUGGUCGACCCGAAUUGAAUUCA